ACCAAACAAUGUAAAAAAAGUGUAAAAUAUCUAUACUAUUGUGUCCAGUAAGUUUGGUCAUACGGAGUGUGGCCAUGCCAAUGCUAUCGUAAAAAUAUAGCCUCUCAAUGCAGGUUUUUGUCCACACGUGUUGCGAUUCAACACGCAGACAUUUACCUCCAAAAUGAGGGUUGGGUAGGAUUGUAUAGUUGUACACUUUCCUGCAAGUCUGUUUGAAACAUCUGUCAUAUCAAUAUGUUACCAUGGACACCUGGCCGAGGCAUGUCAACAAACACACAAGUUAUACAAGUUGUCCAGAACCAGUGUGCAACUGACGUUGCGUCUCGUUGACUGCACCAUAUUCGCAAUGGUACGCGAUGUUCAAUAUUCCGACGAAUCUGAAUCUGAUUGGGAUAGUUUAUCUCAAGCAGUUCCACCAGCGACUACAGUCGAAUCGACGCAACCAUCACUAGCCCAAAUGGAUGAAAGGCCUAAAUUGGCACCAGCAUUCAAUGAAAUGAUACCAUCAAGCUCCGAUUCUUUUCGAUCGACGCAUGCUGCCAAAGGUCCACUUACCUUCAUCGAUCGCCAAUUGGAGGGCGAUGCUAUAGUCAGCCCGAAAUCAACGCGAGAAUCCAGUCCGGUCGUUAGCCUAAAGCCGAAAAACGAAGAACCGAAUCAAGUUCAUCAAACUAUUGAGGCGCAAGUCCUUGACGUCGACUCUCCCGUGAUUGCAGCAGACAUCAAAGAUGUAGAGUUACAGCCGAUUCCGUCCAAAGUAAAGCUCAAAUCACCCGUAUUGGCGUCUCGGCGCCGGAACAAUUCCUUUACUUAUUCAGAAUCGAGUGACGGAUUCGAUAACUUGGCUUUUGAAGACGCUAAUGUUAGAGACUCGACUAGCGGAGUGUUUAACAAUCAGCCCGAUCGAUCCACGGACCAAAUCAAAACGGCCACUAUCCAGCAGCCAUUGCCCAAGCCAGACGAGACUAUUGAAAUCUUUACUUACGACAAAACAAACACGGAGUUUAAUCAAGUUUCGGAAAGGCGACGCCGAGCGAAAGCAGACGGAUUAAGUGAAUCAGCUUUUGAAUUGUCCAGCCGAUUGUGCUCGGAAGUGACCACUGUGAUUGGUCUGCCUUUCGUCAUUGCCUUGGCCGUCUUAUUGCAGUCAUUAAGGUUCGUUACAGCUGGUUUGUUACGGCCUCUGCUGAUUGGAUUAGUGAUUGGCAUCUCGGACGGGCUACUAAAACCCUUGCUGGCCGCGCUGCAUAAUGGCGUCGUCGUUCCGCUCGCCACGUUUUUGCACAAUUGCGCAUCGGCAUUCAAGACAUCGUUGAUACCCUUGGCUGGCAUCUUGAGUCUCAUGACUGAGCCUUUUGGACGCUUAUUGCAGUCUUGCCGACUCAUCGACAUCCACCAGCACCAUCAUAAACCCAUCGUGCGAGACGUCUAGAUUCGCCGUCUCGCUGUUUUUUUUUUUUGCCUCUCUUCAGCUUGUCCGGCUACUAACUACACUCACCGAUCGAUAUAAAUAAUGUUCAUGGCUGAAGCGCAGCGAGCGAGUUGCAAGUCGAAGCCAAUAAUUCCGUAUGGCCGGGCAAGCAGGUCGAAUCUUUUCAACACUGGGCCAAGCCAACUGGAACCCUCCCCCGGAAUCCGUUUGACUGGAAAAAGUUCCAGAAGCGACGCAGCAUACUUUGGCGUAGGACACGGCAGCGCAAAGCGUCUAAUAUCCACGAGAAUUUAAAAGAAAAAACAAAACAAAAAUUUGGGUGGAGGGAAACGAGGGUAGGAGUAGGGUACACUAUUUUUAAUUUUAAAGUCUUGUCGCUAUCAGCGUUCCAUCGUCACGAUGGGAGGACAGUCAGUUGUGCCAAACUAUUCGAGGACGAUGUUGUCGUUCGCUGACGUCAGUAAAUAAUUAGUUACCAGACCAAAAGAAUGUGCAGUGUGUAGCGAUUUUAAUCAAGGAGAAAUGGUAAACGAGCACAGUCACGAGCGCUCGCUCAUAAUACAAUACAAAGUUUUUUUUUUUUUUUUUUACUUUGUACAAACUAUCGCGAAAAAGAAAAAUUCUUUUUAAGUCAAAUUUCGGAUCACAUUCAAUUUUAAAAGAAAACGUAGUUAAAAGGAAAAUGAAGUAUUCCAAAACAAGGAGAGGAACAAGAGAAGAAAAAAAAAACGGGUAAAAAUGAAUAGGGAGGGGGGGGAA